AUGGCUCAAUUAGAAGUCUCAUUAGAAGAUCAACAGAGAAUCAAUAAAUUCGGAAAUUUAAACUCCCAAGUAGCUGCUUAUAAGAUCGAGCUUGAAGCUUUGAACGACAAAAAGACAAAAUACGAAACAGCCAAAGAAGAUCUUGAAUUAGAGAUGCCAGAUGAUGUUCCUUACAAGAUUGGAACAGCCUUCAUUACACUCUCUUGCGACGAUGCAACAGAACAGCUUGACGCUGAUCUUGCCGAACUUCAACAAAGGAUUGAUUACGUUCAGAAUGAAAUCGAUGUUCGCGAUAAGGAAAUGAAAGAACUUCGUACUGUUCUUUACAGCAAAUUCGGUAAGGAAAAUAUCGGUCUUGAAGAAUAA